ACUGCUUGUUUCCUGGACCGUUUCACUUGUGUGGAACAAUCUGUCAAACAACGCUCUCGUGUUGUAGCUUGAGUUCAAAUCCGUUCUUCAGAGCAGAACGGAUGCAGGAUGGAGUUGGAGUUUAAGGAUGCCUUUUGGGGAGGAAACUACAUCAGCAACACUGGCUAUGAGGCCAUCAUCCAGAGACUGAACGACGGACGGCGAACAUGCAAAGACAUGGAGGAGCUGCUGAAAAUGAGAGCAUCAGCAGAAGAGAAAUAUGGCAAAGAACUGAUCGCCAUCUCACGCAAGGUUGGGGGUCUGUAUGAGAUCUGCACAUUGAGAACGUCCAUUGAUGAAAUGAAAACACAAAUGGAAAUGAUUGGCAACUUGCACAUUCAGCUGUCGGCCCUCUUGAAGGAGGAGGCGAAAAGAAUGGAGCAGUUCAGAGAGAAGCAGAAAGAACAGAGAAAAAAGCUUGAAUUUGUUGUGGAGAAGGUCCAGAAGACAAAAGUCUCAUUCUAUAAGAAAACAAUAGAAUCAGAAAAACACUAUGAACAACGCUGCAGGGAGGCCGAUGAGGCGGAGCAAGCAGCAGAUAAGAUGAGCAACACUUCCACAGCCACUCCCAAGCAAAUGGAUAAGCUGAGCAGCAAAUCCAGACAGUGCAGAGAAGCUGCAGAGGAGGCCGAGAGACAGUACACAUCCAACAUUGAGCAGCUGGACAAGAUCCGUCAAGAGUGGGAAUCGACGCACAGCAACACGUGUGAGAUGUUUCAGCAGCAGGAAGAGGAGCGUCUGCAAGUUCUGAGGAACGGGUUAUGGGUACAUUGUAACCAUUUGUCCUUGCAGUGUGUAAAGGAUGACGAGUGUUACGAGAAUGUGAGGAACAUGUUGGAGAAGUGUGACAUCAUCACAGACUUGAAUUGCUUUGUUGGAAUGAAAGGCACCGGCUCAACGCGUCCAGCUGCCAUUGAAUACCAAAAUUACUACAAGAAAGACGCUUCAGCUGUCAGAAAUGGAAGCACAGGACUCGUCGGCCAAGUCAAGAAAAAGUUUUCAAAUCUCCUUCAAGGGACCUCCUUGACUGGCUCCAACAUAAGCAUUCAUGAUCCUGGUGUUCAAAGUACAGGGGAGUCGUUUGAUGGACUUUAUGCCGCCAUCCCUGGGAGUCACGGGUCCCAGAUCAGUGAGCAGUACAAGGCGGUAUAUGAGUAUGUGGCCCAGCGAGAUGAUGAGCUCUCCAUGUCUGUCGGGGACGAUGUGCUUGUCAUAGAACAGGGUGAAGAUGGCUGGUGGACGGUGCAGAAGUAUGGCCAAAAUGGACUGGUUCCAGGCUCCUACCUUGCCAAAGAAUGACUUUUUAUAUAAUGAAUUACAAGUAAUAUUUGUCAAUAAGGUGUAUUAUUUAAAUAUUACAUUUACAAAUAGUUUUUUGUGUUAUGUAAUAAAAAAAAUUGACUC